AUGAGAAUUAUAAUUUCAUUUUUAAAUUUAAUUUUAUUUUUGCAUUUUAAAAUUAAAUUAAAAAUUGAAUUUCCUUUUGCAGAACAAGGCGAGGCGGAAGCAGCAGCUAAAGAGCUGCAGCAAGAAGCAGCAGCAGCAGCAAAAGACAGCGAAGAAAAAGAAGCAGCAAAAGAAGAAUUUAAUAAAAGUGAAGAAGAAAAAGGCGACGGAGCAGCAGCAGCAGAGACACCCGAAGGAGCCCGAGGUGUACAUACACCUGAGCAAGGAGCCGCCGCUGCGGCGCAAAACGAAACUGCUGCUGCUGCUGCUGCUGCUGCUGCUGCUGCUGCUGCUGCAGACAGCAACCCAGAAACAGCAAGCAGAGAGUCCGAAAGAGGUGAAUCGGCGGAAAGAGACAAAAGCGAAAUAGAUGCAGCAGCGCAGCAAGCAAGAAGCCACGAGCAGCAGCAGCUGACCCCACUGCAGCAGCAGCAGCAGCAGCAGCAGCAGGUGCUGUUUGAAGCCGACGAGCAGCAGCACCUGCGCACGCAGGAACCGCAGGCAGCAGCAGCAGCAGCAGACGCAGCAGCAGCAGCAGCAGCAGCAGCAAAUCGUUCCAGAAGCAGCAAAUGCGAAAUGAAAAGAAGACACACAACAACUGAAGUUCUUCAUGACUCGCCGAGCAGCUCUGCAGGCUCUUCAGCUCGGGAGGAGGCGGGGAGCAGCGGAGCGAAGGCUCUGGCAGCUGAGCUGCAGCAGCAAAGCGCGCUGGGCGUGUCUUUGGACGGGGAGUUGGCAGCAGCAGAAAAGCUUUUGGAAGCAGCAGAAGAAGCAAAUGGAAAAGUUGUUAACAGACUGGUGGUGCUGCUGGGGGCUCAGGCGCUGCCGGAGCUGCGGCGCAGCAGCAGCCAGCUGGCCAGCAGCAGCAGCAGCAGCAGCAGCAGCAGCAGCAGCAGCAGCAGCGAAGAGCCCCAGCUCCGCGUCACCCGCGAAAGCUACGAAGAGGCCCUGCUGCAGGCCACGCAGCUCGAGCAGCAGCGCAGCAGCUUGAGGGCGCGGCUGCAGCAGCUGCUGCGCAGCAAAGAGCAGCAGCAGCAAACGCAUGCAGCAAAAGUCGCAGAGUGCAGACGCGCCUUUGCGUGA